GUUGGCGUCGUUAUCGCGGCUUUUGGGAGUGGAGGGCGGGGGUAGGUGCAGCUACUCCCCGCUUACUCUGGCCCGGGCGAUAGGAUGGCGCCCUGCGGAGUGAGUGAGGCUAGGUACGGAUCCUCUUCGGAGGUGUUCAGCGGGUCGUCGGGACGGCUUUCCCGUGCGAUUCGGGGCUCGUCAGGGUCCCUUGUCUUCGGCCCCACACGCCGCCUCGAGAAAACAUACUCCUAUUUUGAAACGGGGUAAUGGAGGUUGGAUUGGCAACGGGGGAAAGGUCCCUCGUCUUGCGCCGAAGGCUGCUUAAGAACUGGUCGGGCAGCCAAGCGGUCUGCGACAAUACUUUUUACGGACCUGCUCUUGCAAUUGUAGGCUGCGUACUUACCCAAGCAACGGGGGAGGGCGCGUCAGUGACCGGCAUAGCGUUCCCCCGCCCUUUGCCAGCUGCUUAGUCUGCCGCGCGUUAAGCUUUGAGGCAGUAUCUUUUGUUGUGUUGAGUGACUCCGCAUUACUUACUGCGGAUUAGCUAACCCUGGUUCUCGAUCGAGCCCCCCUCCCCCCGCUUGCAUCGCAUGCAAAACCGGCAGACCCAAGUUCCCCUCUGCUCAUGUGUACGAAACCCUGCCUGCAGAACCGAGGCACCAUCCUCCGUGCCCCCCUCCAUCACCAUGCCUCUCACCGUGCCAAACUUCCCCAGCCGGACUUACGAUUAUGACUAUGACUCGAUCCAACCUUAUUUCUACUACGAGGAGGAGGAGGAGAACUUCUACCUGUCCGUGCAGCACCGUGGCUGCGAAUCGCAGCCUCCCGCGCCCUCCGAAGACAUCUGGAAGAAAUUCGAGCUGCUGCCCACGCCGCCGCUGUCCCCCAGCCGCCGCUCGAGCACCUUCCCUUCCAGCGCUGACCAGCUGGAGAUGGUGACCGAGCUGCUGGGCAGCGACGUCGUCAACCAGAGCUUCAUCUGCGACCCAGAGGACGACGCCUUCGUCAAGUCGAUCAUCAUCCAGGACUGCAUGUGGAGCGGAGGCUCUGCCGCCGCCAAGCUGCAGAAAGUGGUCUCGGAGAAGCUGGCCUCCUACCAGGCGGCCCGGCGCGAUGACACCUUCGCAGCGUCCUCCACCCGCUGUGGGAGCAGCGGCAGCAGCCUCCAGACGCCGCCACCGCCGCCUCAGACGCCGGCCGCCGCCUCUCCCUCCUGCGCCAGCAGCACCUACCUGCAGGACCUGGGCGCCGCUGCCGCCGACUGCAUCGACCCGUCUGUCGUCUUCCCUUACUCACUGGGGGAGAAGUCCCCCAAAGCCGCCGAGGUCACUCCCACUGACCCCAGCCCGGCUUCCUUGCUUGUGCAAGACACCCCACCCGCCACCAGCAGCAGCAGCAGCAGCGACUCAGAAGAGGAAGAGGAGCAGGAGGAGGAAGAGGAGGAGAUUGAUGUUGUCACAGUAGAGAAAAGGCAACCUGCAGCAAAGAAACCCGAGUCGGAGAGCCAUCCGCCAAGGGGGCACAGCAAGCCCCCCCACAGUCCUCUGGUUCUCAAGCGGUGCCACGUCCCUACCCAUCAGCACAACUACGCUGCCCAUCCCUCAACCAAGGUCGAGUACAGCUUGGCCAAAAGACCAAAGCUGGACAGUGGCCGGGUCCUCAAACAGAUCAGUAACAACAAUCGCAAAUGCUCGAGUCCGCGCACGUCGGACUCGGAAGAGAAUGACAAGAGGCGGACACACAACGUCUUAGAACGGCAGAGGCGGAAUGAGCUAAAGCUGAGCUUUUUUGCGCUGCGGGACCAGAUCCCAGAGGUAGCCAACAACGAGAAAGCCCCCAAAGUCGUCAUCCUUAAGAAGGCCACGGAAUACGUUCUGUCGAUUCAGUCCGACGAACACAGACUGUUAGCGGAGAAGGAACAGCUCAGGCGGCGACAGGAACAGCUCAAAAGCAAGCUUCAGCAGCUAAGGAACUGUUGCGUUGCUUAGACAUUUUAAAAGGUUGUCAAAACGUUUGCCAGGGGGGGAUGUAUACAGAGACUGGGAUAAACACCAGACAAAGACUGCAUCAGUUUCAGUGCUUUGGGGGAGAGAAUGCACUGGGGACUGAAGUAGAACAUUUGCAAUGCAUGUUUGACAGCUACUCAACUCUGGUCUUACCAGGUGUAGGGAUGGCCAGAACCUCAAAAAUGCCUCAACACUUGUAAAACUUGGUGGGCCGAGAUCUCUUCAUGCUUGGGGAUGAAACCUUUACAUUUUUUUUUGUAUUUAAAGCAUUUUUCCCUCUUGUGAUACAAAAAGGUAGCCAUCAGAUCUGCUGUAAAUAUAUUUACACAGUCUAAUGAUAUGUAAAUAUCUUUAAUAAAAAAUCUUUAUAGAAAAUUUAAAAAAGUGCAACAAAUAAUGCUCAGUGGUUGUGACGACAGAAAUUUAUACUUGUCUUGAAACUUUUUUGUUCCCUAACAUUUCACAAACCUUUGGUCGUUUUUAUUUAAAUGUCCUUUUUGUCAUUUUUUUAAGAGAAUUGAUUUUAUUUUGCAUUUCUAGAUAAAUAAUAAAAUAUUUGCCCUAAAUUGUAA